AUGCCACGCCGCUACCCAUUAUUAGGAAGAGAAGAUCCACAGUCCAUCAAGGCAACCCGGCCCUUCACUGCGAAAUCCGAACAAGAAAUAUGGGAUUUAGGCGAUCCAACGAACAAAAGGGAAAGUAAACCGAUGAAAAUCAGUCAGUUCCAACGAGAUAUGAAUUCAUCCAAAUUUCCAUUUUUACCGGAUCAUUCUGCACCAAAUAUGGCUCCGCGGUUGGCAUGGAUGACUGAAAUUCAGAAUUUGGAUUUUGCUCUCCUGUUACCAGAUCUCAUCGAAGGAUUGACUGACAAAGAAAAGUCCUAUGCAACAACUGCGAUGUUAGCAAUCACCGACGUCUUUAAGCAUGGCCCCGUGGAAAAAGUGAUUGAUGCUCUUCCCACUUUGACAAUUGCCGUUAACAGACGCGUAAUCGAAGCUUUACGAAGAAUGUGUGUAAUUCAUCCCGGUGUGGGGCCCGACUUAGCCUUUUAUAUGCGGGAAUUACUGGUCCCUUUGCGAUACUAUUUCGAAAAGAGCAAAAACCAAAAAGAUCAGAUCGUCUAUAACGAAAAGUUACAUCCGGACAUCUACGAUCCUAUCGAUGAAUUGGUGAAGCUGUUCCUACAAAUUGCUGGCCCAGAACUUGAUACAGCCGAACGUAACAUAAAAAAGGCCAUCCCAACCUACGAACUUUCACAUGACCUUUAA